GCUGCUGCUCACUCACACGCACACUGCCAGUGACUGAGUGAGCUAGUCUUUCUUCUUCUGAAACCAUGUGCGAGUCCGCCUCCCUACUAGCUGCAGCCGGAAACCAAGAUGGCCACCACCAAGGGGAAAUCAAGACAGCCGAGAUGGACACGAGUGGCCUGCUGGACCCUUCCUCGGCAGCCCUCGGCCCGAGCCCUCUUCCCACGCCGCCUCCACCGCUCGUGUUCUACGAAGACGAUUACCGGUACUACUACGACGACGACAGUUGCUUCCAGGAGAACCAGGAGGGCGACGACGACGCCUAUCAACUCCUCGAGGACGAGGAGGAGGACGUCGCCGCCACCGGGUCGCUUGCUGCCAGGCUACGUGAGCUCGUCCGCCAGAAGCUGGCCGAGGUGAACGCCUCCAGCGCGGUCGUCGCGGGGCUCGGCCUCGUCGGGAGCGCCGUCGGCGCCUACUUCCUCUGGCCCGCGGCCGCGGCCACCGCCACCGCCGCCACCAUGGCAGCACCCGGGGCCGCCGGUUUCCUCAUCUCCCGUGCGGCGUUUGCGGCCAAGCCGAAGCUCUACUUCCAGAUCCUCCGCACUGCCGGAGCGGCAGCGGCUGCCGCCGCUUUCGCCCUGUAGCUGCACGGGAGGGCAGGCCACGCACCCACUGCUUAGUUUCGUCUCGCGCGCGCCGUUCGUGUGUUGGCCGUUUGCGUUGCUUAUAUAUCGCCAAUAAUGGAGCAGUCAGUUUGUCUUGAUGAUUAAGCGUCCGUGUGUAGUGCGUAUAUCUUUCAGUAGAUCGAUACGCACUGGUAUGCCUAGUACUCCAUCUCUACUUUUUCAGUGUGUGUAAGGUUGGAGCUAUACCAUCUGCGAUAAGCUAAAUCUUUGGUUUAAAUUGUUCAAGCAAUACUAAAGCUUCUUACAAGA